AAGUACUUGCCUGGACUACUCAGGGGAAUCCCCUCUCCAGCCCCAAGCUUUAGACACCUGACUUGUGGGUUAAUUCUUUGCUCUCUAGGCUAUUCGUCACAAUAAUUGACGUCAACAAAACGAGACUAGUACUACAAGGUACAGAGUUGGUAACCUAAAAAAUGUGUUAAGUUAAAACCAAGUCUGCAGUAAAAGUUCAUCUUUAUCUGAAACCAUAACUGUUGAAAUGUAUCCUUGUUAAAGAUGAGCAUCCAGGCAAUUCUUAAGAUUUUUGCACUCCUUGUCCUGGUCUUGAUUGACUGUAUAUACGGCAAAACCAACUGCACAUUAAAGGAACCAAGAGAAAGGAGCCUACUGAAACAACUGAAACUGAAUAAUCUACGAAACUUCAACAAAAUUCUUCCCUUUAAGAUGGGGAGAGAACUUGCAGCAAACCAGACUCCAAAAUAUCCAGACGACGUCAACCUCAGAGCAGCUGCACCGUGGAACUUGGUACUAGACCAUGAUGAAAACCGUUUCCCUAAAGACAUUGCAGUUGCAAAUUGCAACUACAAACACUGCUAUGACCAUAAGAACAAGAGGGAAGAUGCAAACGGUGAAAGUAUACCAUAUUAUGGCACAGUGCCAGUUCUUGAGAAGAAGAAGAUGAGAAAGGGCCAAAAGUGCCCAAAAGACGGGAAACACACGUACAGCUACAGGAGAAAGUUGAAGACCAUUGCGGUGGCUUGUAUUUGUGUCAGGCCACAAGUGUCGUCAGAAGGAUAAUCUCCAAAAGUCUUAGUACAGACUGCGACAAAGUAUACAUGGGAUAUAUGAAGCCAGAGACAACUCACACAGCCUGUGAACCACUACGUACUGCACCUGCGCAAAACCCACCUAGCCUUUUAUUGUGCAUAGCACUUCUUCAGAACAUCUCAUUUAAGGUUGUGUUCAAUAGUUUUCAAAUGUUGUGUUGGAAAAGAUAUUGCCUGCAACAGGCAAAAUGGGUAUGCCCAUACUAACUUUGAAAAGAGUAGUGGACUUUUUGAUGGGCUCAAUAUGUGGUUUUCUAAGCUAAUAAUUCUACAUGGGACAGUAAGAUUACAAUAUCCCCCAAAAAGAACUUUACCAGUAUCAGUAUCAUACACUUCUGCAGAAUAUUGAAGAGAAGACUGGGAAUCGAACCCUCAACCUUCAGAUCCACAAGAACGACUACUAACCAAGAGGGGAUUAAAGCCUGACUUCAGAACUUUUUUGAAAGCCAUGACCAAAGGAGCUGAUCACGAGAAAGUACAUGACAAAUUACUACAUAAUCUAAAACUACAAAAACAUAAAAUACAGGGUAUUUUCACUCAAACCAAUAUGUUUGAAUUACAUAUUAACCAGAUGUGUCAAACAGUGAAAAUGGUACAGAGGAUAUGCAAAUCAAUGCACUUAUUUUGUUUGUACUUAAUGAAGGGUGUCCAGUGGUGUUUGUAAAUGUACAUGUGUAUGAUGUUUUUGGUUGUUACUUGUCCUGUUCAUUUAUUGUGCUUUUGA